ACGCUGCAGCACGCGGGCGGAGCGCGAGGGUAACACUGCUCACGCAAAGCUCAGCGGCAUCGCCAGCGCCGGGCACGUUCGCCCGGAAACCCUUUUAAAAUUUAGGGUUUUAGAACAGACCAAGCAAGAAGUUAUUCCCUUGCGAGGUCAGGCUUUUCUCUUUUUAAACUAGUAUAACUAACCGUUGUGCCUCAUAAUUUGUGGUUUUCGUUCGGAAGCGGAGAAUAUUUUGUACUAACUAAGUUAGUAAAAAGUUUGAGUGGCAGUGCGAAACGGAUUUCGGAACACAACUUGUCUGUCACGAGGAGGAAAAACCGUGCGCUUGAAGACACAACAAAACAGCAUGAGCGUCGACAAGAGCAAGGUGGAGGAUGAGGCAGUGGUGGACAGAGGAGCAUCCUUCAUCAAGCACAUCUGUGAUGAGGAGGAGGUGGAAGGUCACCACACAGUCUACAUUGGCGUGCAUGUGCCCAAGAGCUACAGGAGGCGGAGGCGCCACCGCAGGCGGGCCGGCCACAAGGAGAAAAAGGAGAAGGUUACGGAAAAUGCCAAUGACAAAUCUGAUGGGGAGACUGUGGAGGAGGCUGGUACCAGCAUCCUCAAACCACUCAUAUCCCCUGCUGCUGAGCGGAUUCGCUUCAUCUUGGGUGAGGAGGAUGAUGGUCCUCCGCCGCCUCAGCUCUUCACUGAGCUGGAUGAGCUCUUAUCUGUCGAUGGACAGGAGCUGGAGUGGAAAGAGACGGCCAGAUGGAUCAAGUUUGAAGAAAAGGUGGAAAAGGGUGGUGAGCGGUGGAGUAAACCUCAUGUGGCCACGCUGUCCUUGCAUAGCCUCUUUGAGCUCAGAACCUGUAUUGAGAAAGGCACAAUUAUGCUGGAUAUGGAAGCCUCCACACUUCCCCAGGUUGUUGAAAUGAUCACUGACAGCCAAGUGGAGAGUGGUCAGCUGAAGUCUGACCUGAAAGAGAAGGUGAUAUACACCUUGAUGCGCAAGCACCGCCACCAGACCAAGAAGUCCAACCUGCGCUCGCUGGCUGACAUUGGAAAGACUGUCUCCAGUGCAAGCAGGCUGUUUUCCAACCCAGACAACGGUAGCCCUAUGACUGCUCACCGAAAUUUGACUUCAACCAGCUUGAAUGACUUCUCUGACAAACCUGAGAAGGACCAGCUAAAAAACAAGUUCAUGAAGAAGGUGCCCCGAGAUGCAGAGGCAUCCAAUGUCCUUGUCGGAGAAGUAGACUUCCUGGACAGUCCUUUCGUGGCUUUUGUACGCCUGCAGCAAGCAGUCAUGUUGGGUGCCUUGACUGAAGUCCCAGUACCAACGAGAUUCCUGUUUAUCCUGCUUGGACCCAAAGGCAAAGCCAAAUCCUACCACGAAAUAGGAAGAGCAAUAGCCACCCUCAUGUCCGAUGAAGUUUUUCAUGACAUUGCAUACAAAGCCAAGAACAGACAGGACCUUCUAGCUGGCAUCCAGGAAUUUUUGGAUGAGGUCAUUGUCCUCCCUCCUGGAGAAUGGGACCCAGACAUCAGGAUAGAGCCUCCAAAGUCACUUCCAUCCUCAGACAAAAGAAAGAACAUGUAUGCCACUGGAGACAAUGUACAGAUGAAUGGGGAUGCCCAACACGACGGUGGACAAGGCGGAGGAGGAGGCCACCAUGUCAGCGAAGAACUUAAGAAAACUGGAAGAUUUUGUGGUGGCCUUGUGCUUGACAUAAAGAGGAAAGCUCCCUUCUUCGUCAGUGACUUCUACGAUGCAUUGCACAUUCAGUCGUUGUCAGCCAUUCUCUUCAUCUACCUGGGAACAGUGACCAACGCCAUCACAUUUGGCGGGUUGUUGGGGGAUGCUACAGACAACAUGCAGGGUGUGCUGGAGAGCUUCCUGGGCACAGCAGUCAGCGGGGCUGUUUACUGUCUGCUGGCCGGCCAACCUCUCACCAUUCUCAGCAGCACGGGCCCAGUACUGGUAUUUGAGAGACUCCUCUUCAGUUUCAGCAAGGACAAUGAUUUUAACUACUUGGAGUUCCGGCUGUGGAUCGGCCUCUGGUCGGCAUUCUUCUGCCUGGUUCUGGUUGCAACAGAUGCCAGCUUCCUGGUGCAAUAUUUCACCCGCUUCACAGAGGAGGGUUUCUCUUCACUCAUUAGCUUCAUCUUCAUUUAUGAUGCCUUCAAGAAGAUGAUCAAGCUGGCCCAUCACAACCCUAUCAACCAGGGUUUCAACAUGGACUAUGUGACGCAGUACGACUGCCGUUGUGUGACUCCUUCUCUGGGCAAUGACUCAGAGCUUUAUGACAGUCUUUUGGAUGGUCCAAUGAUGAUCAACAGCACAAAUUUGUCCCGCAAUAUCACCUGGUCAUCCCUAACCAAGAAGGAGUGCUUGAAGUACGGAGGGCAGCUCGUGGGCCAAGCCUGUAACUUUGUCCCCGAUAUCACCCUGAUGUCCUUCAUCCUGUUCUUUGGCACCUACUCCUGCUCCAUGGGUCUGAAGAAGUUCAAGACCAGCCGCUUCUUCCCCACAACUGUGAGGAAGCUUAUCAGCGAUUUUGCAAUCAUCUUGGCGAUUUUUGUUUUCUGUGGUGUGGAUGCCCUGGUUGGUGUGGACACACCUAAACUCAUUGUACCAAGUGAAUUCAAGCCUACAAGCCCUCACAGGGGCUGGUUUGUGCCCCCGUUCGGAGGUAACCCCUGGUGGGUGUACCUUGCAGCAGCCCUCCCUGCUCUCCUUGUCACCAUCCUGAUCUUCAUGGACCAGCAAAUCACAGCUGUCAUUGUGAACAGGAAGGAGCACAAGCUGAAGAAAGGUGCUGGUUACCACCUGGAUCUCUUCUGGGUGGCUAUCCUCAUGAUAGUGUGCUCUUUCAUGGGGUUGCCCUGGUAUGUUGCUGCUACAGUCAUAUCCAUUGCCCACAUCGACAGCUUGAAGAUGGAAACGGAGACGUCAGCCCCUGGCGAGCAACCCAAGUUCCUUGGUGUGAGGGAGCAACGAGUGACAGGUGUAUCUGUUUUCAUUCUUACUGGGCUGUCUGUCUUCAUGGCUCCAAUCCUCAAGUUCAUUCCCAUGCCAGUGUUGUAUGGAGUAUUUCUCUAUAUGGGAGUGGCGUCUCUCAAUGGCGUACAGUUUAUGGAUCGCCUCCAGCUGCUGCUCAUGCCUGCAAAGCAUCAGCCGGACCUGAUCUACCUACGGCAUGUGCCCCUGCGUAGGGUCCACCUCUUCACUUUCAUCCAGGUUCUCUGUCUGGCUCUCCUCUGGAUCCUCAAGUCCACUGUGGCUGCAAUCAUCUUCCCAGUUAUGAUUCUGGCACUGGUGGCUGUGAGGAAGGCCAUGGAUUACCUUUUCUCUCAACAUGAUCUCAGCUAUUUGGAUGAUGUAAUUCCUGAGAAGGACAAGAAGAAGAAAGAAGAUGAGAAGAAGAAAAAGAAGAAGAAGGGAAGCAUAGACAGCGACAUUGAUGAUUCUGACUAUCCUUUCCAUGAAAACAUCCCCAGUAUUAAAAUCCCCAUGGACAUGAUGGAAGAAGAGCCUUUCUUGGGUGGUAAAAUACCUAACAGAGAAAAGUCAUCCUCUUACCUUGACCCACACUCAGCCUGCUGAGGGACCACAUCAUUUCCAGGAGGUUUAGUCCUGAGUCUUUAGAGAAGAUGUGCCUCAGAAGAGAAUGAAACCCUGAACAGGGAGAGAAAACAACGGGUUCUUGCAGUGAAACUGAGGGUCCAAGUUGUCUCUUCACCCAAAAAACACUCAACUGUGGCCACUGGGCCUGCCAGCUUUUGAAGACCUCCCCUGUUCAGUUAGUUCUUCUCUGACUCCUGCUUCCACAAUAAAUACAAAGUAAAUUGUGUUGUUACAGUGACAGAUUUAGGAAGGAUGAAAACUUGAAGGAUUUCUCCUUACUGCUGCUUUCUUUUAACAGAACAAACUGAACGUUGACUGAACAAAGACUAAGACUUUAAUUUAUAUAGGAUGCCAUAUCUAACAUUUAGAGAAGCAUGGUAGAUGUGGGAAAAACAUGGUCUCAACUCCCUCUCUUUUCUUGCACUGCCGUUGUACACACAGCAUUCUUACUAUGCAAACUCCUCUCUGUCUCUUAAUGUAUGGUAAAAGUGUAGCUCAGCAGCACAAUGGAUUUUCCUGCUGAUAUUGUGGGCCUUAUCUUAACUUCUAAUUUUCUCAGUGAAACUACUGUAAUUAAGUUUUCCUGUAGUAGGAAAAAUGUAUUUCUGUAUAGCUCUACCUCUAAGUACCCAAGCAUUCUGUAAGAAGAAAAAAGUUGACUAAUUUGUAAAGAGCACGACAUAGGAUUUCAGUAUUUGUGAUCUUUCAGUGAGCUCCUUAUACUUUAAUGGGUUAAUGUAACGAGUUAAAAGUAUCACUAAAGUAGGCAAUGUAACUAGAGAGAACAUGGUUUUUUUUGCAUGUUGUAGAUUUUUUACUUGUAGAGGAUUUUAUUGAUGCAAUUCAGAAUGGACAGACGCCACCUAUAUCCUAUAGCAGUUUAUAUUAUUGGCAUAUUAACGAAACUAUCUGCAAACGUAUUUGAUUUUUUAAUGAAAAUGUGACUAAAGGAUGCAGUCUGAUUUUUGUUUAACAAAUUAAAUACAUCAUAACAUCAACUUAAAAUCAAAGAAACCAUGAUGCAGAAUGUUUAAUACCUAAGUUGUAAUACAUAUGAAUGUCAUAGGGUAGUGUUGUAGAUACAUUUACCUGCAUUUUAUUAAAUGUUUAUAUGUAAUUAUUGUGAAGAUAUCAAUGUAGAUAUCACUGAAAUAUUUUACUUUACAUAAAGGGUUCCUCUUUUGGUAAGAGUGUUUAUAAAUAUUAAUA